AGUGCUCUCACCAAUUUGUGACGCUACAGCGUUGGAUUGUGGGGCGUAGAGGAAGUGGAGGUCAGCAGAACAGAAACCCCAAACAUGUCGGUAGCCUUUCUUACGUCCUUGAACCGCUGUGGUUUGUUGUCGCUGCGCUCCUCAGCUGGUUUAGAGGCAAUACGUUAUGCGCAGACAGCAGCCGCUCCAGCAGCACAGCCACGAAUUAAGAAGUUCCAGGUGUACAGAUGGGACCCAGACACUCCAGGAGACAAGCCUCGCAUGCAGACCUUCGACAUCGACCUGAACACAUGUGGCCCGAUGGUACUUGAUGCCCUAAUCAAGAUCAAAAACGAAAUGGAUUCCACGCUGACUUUCCGUCGCUCCUGCAGAGAAGGUAUCUGUGGCUCAUGUGCAAUGAACAUCAACGGUGGAAACACACUGGCCUGCCUCAACAAGAUUGACACUAACCUCAGCAAAGCAACCAAGAUUUACCCCCUUCCACAUAUGUAUGUGGUCAAAGACCUGGUACCUGACAUGAGCAACUUCUACGCUCAGUACAAGUCCAUUGAGCCCUACCUGAAGAAGAAGGAUGAGUCCCAGGAGGGGAAAGAGCAGUACACACAGUCUGUGGAGGAUAGACAGAAACUGGACGGGCUAUACGAGUGUAUCCUUUGCGCCUGCUGCAGCACCUCCUGCCCCAGCUAUUGGUGGAAUGGAGACAAAUACCUCGGACCUGCCGUGCUCAUGCAGGCUUAUCGCUGGAUGAUCGACUCGCGGGACGACUUUACAGAGGAGCGUCUGUCCAAGCUACAAGAUCCCUUCUCUCUCUACCGCUGUCACACCAUCAUGAACUGCACCAAGACGUGCCCCAAGGGCCUGAACCCGGGGAAAGCCAUAGCGGAGAUCAAGAAGAUGAUGGCCACCUAUAAGGAGAAGAAAGCAGCUGCGGUUUGAGCACCCAGGUGUCCUCUGUACCCAAUAUCAUUAAAUUAUAUGUAAUUGAUUCUAAAACAUGCAUCUUGAUUGAC